AUGCCAAAAACACACAAAGUCCCGACCUUCGCUCGAGCGUCACGAAACAGCGGCUUUGGAAUUGGGUACACCAGCCCGAUUAAAGCGAGAGAUGAUCGGAAGUCGCGCAUAAAAGUCAAGAACCUUGGCCACAACACGCUCGUGCGGGCUUUCCUUGCACAACUCGAGAAUCUGGAUGCCAACUCGGCAGCGCCUUCUUCCCCUGGGAGUUCCAGUCAACGACAUGACACCAAUGUCACUGUCCUGGAGGGCGACGAGGAAGUGCCCAUCGACGGCCACAGCGACGACUGGGUGGACGAAGACGACCAGAAGACAGGGCAACAUGUCGACGCGGAGUACCGACCAUACGAGCGCCCCAUUGCUGUGCCCGCUGGGCGCAGGACUCAACCACUUGGAAUGAGAUGGGAAACCCAAAUGAAGAACCUGAAGGAGCCUCUACUUCAAUAUCUUUCGCGAACCAUGGGGAAAAGAUUGGUUCACCCCUCAAAGCUGGAGUCGAACUGCCGAGUGCCGGCUGGAAAUUGUGUACGGAAAGAGCAUACGGUAGUUCUUCUCAUGCAUGACUGUUUCGAGAAGACUGUAGUUCAUAGCUGCGAGUGCAGCGACAUAUGUUCAGUACUAGUUCUUAAUGGCUUUUUCCCAUCAUCACCUACGGCCCCGCGUCUCGCUGUGUCAAUAUCUCUCCUGGACUUCUACCGUGCACUUUUCGAGAGAUCCUGCGAUGCCGUGUACGCUUUCACGGCGGCGUGUAAGACCUACUACCAACGACGGGGCUUCCUCCAUUUGAGCGACCAAGUGAGUCCGCCACCGGUCAGCGUUUAG